ACACCGCUCUCCUCGCCGUCACCGGUUCGCUCGCCGCCGCUGCUGCCACCGCCUCGAUCGCAAAGCAUUUGGCCCAGCCGGCGCAGCCAUGGGGGAUGGAAAGGGAGCUGGCGGCGGAGAAGCACGUCCGCUACAUCGUCACCAUGGAGAAGAAGAAGGACUCGUUCGAGUCGCUGGUGAUGGAGCACAUCCGGCUCAACGGCGCGUACUGGGGCCUUACCACGCUCGACCUCCUCCACAAGCUCCACGCCGUGGAAGCCGACGAGUUUAUCGAGUGGAUCAUGUCCUGCUACCACCCGGAUUCCGGAUCCGCGAGAAGGGGGGUGGAUUGGGGGGGAAACGUUGGGCACGACGCGCAUGUCCUCUACACGCUCAGCGCCGGGCAGGUCCUGUGCCUCUUUGAUCGGCUUGAUGCUCUCGAUGUCGAUAAGACACCGAGCAGAAUCAGCCGCUGCAUCGAGCAGUUCGCAUCCGAGCGAGAGGCGGUCUACCUUCUCCACGGUGAUGAUGUAGCGGACGUGCUUCUCCGCCGCCAGCUCCCAUCCAUCCCCCAUGGCUGCGCCGGCUAGGCCAGAAGCUUCGCGAUGGCUGGGCGCCUGGGCCAGAGGCGGCGGCGGUGGCGGCGAGUAAACCGGCGACGACGAGAAGAGCGGUGUCGCGAACAACGGCGGGGGCCGGUGGGUGAUUGGUUGGGCUGCCGCUCUGCCCAACCCUCCGCUCCUCGUCGGCCCCUUCGCCCGUGGCCUGCCGCAGCCGCCGAUCCGCCGGCAUGCUUCGGCCGCCAUCGUCAUCGUCGGCAUGCUGCGGCAUGAUGAGGAAGAAGAGGGAGAGCCGAAUGGGGAGGACAUGUGGGGCCCACGUGGGCCCCACCAUAUUUUUUUGUGUAGCUGACAUAUGGGCCCCAUCAUUUCUAGAUUAUUUUUUGUGUGACUGACAUGUGGGCCCAUAAUUUUUAUUAUUUUUUAGAGAUAUAAUUGUCGCAUCAUCGCCACGUCAAUGUCACGUGUGACGGACACCUAGUCAAACUUGCCACGUAGGCGCCAUGUCAGCUAAAACCGUCUUUAGAACCGCCGAGGGAUCUCGUUUGCACAGGUUUUGAUAGUUGGGGGACCGGUUGUAUCUGGUUUUGGGGUUAAAGGAUGAAAAUCGGAUUUGGUGUAAAAUUAAGGGAUCACAGAUGAACUUAUUCCUUUGUAGAUUCGGUCCAGCAUGUAGCAUAUCAGCACAUUGUUUAUUUUUUUUUGUGU